AGCUCUGGUCCGACGAGCUACUGGUGGGUUGAAUACAAAGACAAACCAGCCGGCCGGAAAUAGUCUGUUAAUGUAUGGACACAACACGGUGGAUUUCGUUAGAUUGAAUCGAUGAAAGCAACAAUGAUAUGGGAUUAAGUGUGACAGAUGUAUUCAGACAAAGCGAAAAACUGAAGAGAAAGUGCGCAGUCAUAGUUUGACUUUAAUGGGAGCUAUGACCUAAGCAGAUAUGGCAGCAGACGACAAGGUUGUUAUCCUGACGGACGAUGAGGUGGCUGAAGCGUUCAACACGCUGUCGCUGCAGCAGAGGACCGUAUCAACCACGCCGCCCGCCGCCUCGCCCCAGCCGCCGGUGACCUCGCCGCCGGACUCCCUCAACUGCUGCGAGAGAAUGUGCCUCCGUGUCAACACUCACCUCCUCAUCUCUAAAGUCUUCUACUUCUUCUUCUACGCCGCGUAUGGCUCACUGCACCCGUUGCUUGCGGUCUACUACAAGCAGCUGGGCAUGUCCGCCAGUCGCAGCGGCCUCCUGGUCGGCAUCCGUUACUUCAUAGAAUUCUGCAGCGCUCCCUUCUGGGGUGUGGUGGCGGACCGCUUUAAGAAGGGGAAGGCGGUGCUGCUGUUUUCUGUCUUCUGCUGGUUGGUGUUCAACUGCGGCAUCGGCUUUGUGAAGCCAGCCGACAUGAAAUGCGUGGAGAAGGGAGCUGAAGUGACAGAGGCACCCCCCAUAACCACUCCGGAAAACUUCACGCAGGAGAGCAACUCCACCAGCCGGGCUCGCCGCAGCUUUGUGGACCUUCACUGGCUCCCUAAUUUUUUUACCUCCAUAUCCCAGCAAAGCAUCAACGACACACCACCCACUAGCCCCACCACCACAACCACCCUCCCUGCUCCGACCAGCGCCAAGGAAUACCAGAUCAUCUACGACAACACCCAAGUACAGAACAUUUUCCUCAUUAUUUUGCUUGUCAUCAUCGUGGGCGAGUUCUUCAGCGCUCCUGCCGUCACAAUCGUGGACACGGUCACGCUGCAGUACCUGGGCAAGGCCCGCGAUCGCUACGGGCUGCAGCGGAUGUGGGGCUCUCUGGGCUGGGGGCUCACAAUGCUGCUCGUGGGCAUCUGGAUUGACCACACGCACAUCACCGUCACCAUCGACGGCGUUGGCUGUGUCAUACCCGCCUUCCGCCUCCGCAACUACCAGAUUGCUUUCAUCGUCUUCGGGGUGCUGAUGGGCGCAGCCUUUGUUGUCGCCACACAGUUUUACUUUGAAAAAGGUGGUGACUAUCUUCAAGACAUUCCAGAGGGUGCAGCAGAGGAGACACCCGCGGCGGACCCAAGCACCACCACCACCACCGCCGCCACCGAUCAGGAGUUCCAAUACAGCGACCUCCUGAAGCUGCUGUGCAGCGUGCGCUACAGUUCGGUUCUAUUCGUGGCCUGGUUCAUGGGUUUUGGCUACGGCUUCGUCUUUAGCUUCCUGUACUGGCACCUAGAGGACCUGCACGGCACAUACACACUGUUUGGCGUCUGCUCUGUCCUGAGUCACGUCUCGGAGCUGGCCGCCUACUUCACCAGCCACAAGUUCAUUGAGCUGGUGGGACACAUCAGGGUGCUUUACAUCGGCCUGGCCUGCAACACGGUACGCUACCUCUACAUCUCGUACCUGCAGAAUGCCUGGACUGUGCUGCCCAUGGAGGUCCUUCAAGGUGUGACUCACGCCUCUGUUUGGGCAGCUUGUAUCUCUUUCUUGAGCGCUGCUGUCCCACCAGCUCUAAGGACGUCGGCGCAGGGCAUCCUACAGGGGCUUCACCUUGGCCUGGGCCGUGGCUGUGGGGCCAUGCUUGGGGGGUUGCUGGUUGGAUACUUUGGUGCUGCAACAACAUUCCGUGGGAUUGGCAUGGCCUCAUUGAUCAUACUCCUCAUCUUCACCCUCAUCCAGUGUCUGACAGACGAAACAGGGGGGAAGGAGGACAAAAUGCUGGCAGAGAACAUCCCCGUCCCCUCCAGCCCUGUUCCCAUUGCCACCAUUGACUUGGUCGAGAGCCAGGGCACCAGGAGCAGCACCGCCCUCAACCACCACGCCACCCCUGCUCCUGUGAAGAAGACCAAGUAUCAGGAGGAGCAGGAGGAUGUAGCCAGGCCAGCCUGGGUGCUCUCCGGCGCCCCCUGGGUCACCAUUGCCUUUGCGAUUGUCCAGAUUAAAGAGAUGCUGACCAUAGCAAAGAGUAGCCAGCUGCCGCAGGAGACUCGGCCACUACAGGUGAGCCAGAUUCCUAAUGAUCAGCCGGUGGUGGCGGCACACGGAAACCACGGCGAUGGUGGCGCUACGCCCAUCCCCGGGCUGCCAACACAACCAGGCCCCGCCUGCACAACGUCUACAAACUGUAACAAAGACAAGGCCCAGGCGGAGUCCGAUGUAGGCAGAGCCAAAGUAGCAACAAAGACACUUGUUGACUGAGCGGUCUGCACACUAAAAUUACCGUAGCCGAACUUCCUUUUGCAUCUGUCGACACGUUAUGACUGUUAAGCCCCUCUGCUGAUGACAAGUGCCUCUUUAGUGAAGUGUCUAUGGCGAUGUAAAUUAAGUUUAAUUUAAGAGUUAAGUCUAUUUUUGUUCUUUCUGAACUGAAUGUUUUAUGUACUUUGAUAUGUACUGAAGACCGUUUCCUGUUAGCUUGACAAAAGAAGCUUUGAUGUGCCUCUUCCACAGACCGCCGGUGAAGCGCUGUAGUUCUCAGAACAGUAUUUCAAAUAAAUUCAUACCAUAUUCA